AUGGAAGCAUGGAAUCGCUUGGAAGAUAUUUUUCAAGACAACCAAAAUGCUCGAGCUGUCACUCUUGAGCAAGAGUUUUCUAACACUCGUAUGGAGGAUUAUCCCAAUGUCUUAGCUUACUGUCAGCGUCUUAAGAUGCUUUUCGAUCAAUUGAGAAAUGUCGGCUCCCUUGUCAACAAUCAUCGUCUGGUCCUUCAGUUGAUCUCUGGUCUCUCAGAAGCUUACCGUAGUGUUGCUACUUUAAUUCUCCAGAGCAAUCCUCUUCUGGCAUUCUAUCAGGCUCGUUCCAUGCUCACUUUGGAAGGAGACGGUAUGGCUAAGAUGGAAAAUACAGGCUCUUAUGCUGCUAUGCACACCACUCAUCCAAAACCUACUGAAGACACCUCUCAGCGUGGCAACCGCCGCCCCGACAACUGUUCUCGCUCUCGUGGCAACCAAGGUCGCAGAGGGGGACGUGGUAACCGUAGUGCACCUUUGUCUGGAGCUCCCAACGCUCCCUCACCUUGGUCCGCUCCUCCUUGUCAACAACAAUAA